AUGGCGAGCUGCAGCCUGGCACCGAAUCCUGCCAGCGUAGGAGACGACAGUGUCCUGUUCUCGCUGCUUUAUGCCCGAAAGGAGAAAAUAAAUAAUUACAAACUCGGCAAGCUGUGCAAUGGGCCCUGCAGUGCCGCGCAGGGACCGCCCCGGCCCGGCCCCGCCCGGCCCCGCCCGCAGCCCUUUUACCGAGCGCCGGCGGGGCCGGGGGAGGCUUUGGGGUGUGCGGGUCGGGAGGGGCCGGGGAGUGCCGUGUCCGUGUCCGUGUCCGUGUCCGUGUCCGUGUCCGUGUCCGUGUCCGUGUCCGUGUCCGUGUCCGUGUCCGUGUCCGUGUCCGUGUCCGAGCUGCCCCGUCGUGAUCCCGGGUAUCCGUGCCCGGCAGGGCCGUGUGUGCGCAGAGACCUUCGGGCACCCGCGGCACGGAGGGUGCGGAGCUCGGCCCGGGGUCGGCCCGGGCUGUCCCGGCUGCGGCUCCGGCCGGGGGGGCUCGAGCGGCCGCCCCCGGGCCGUGCCGGGAGCUCGGCUGUGCCCGGGCCGGGGCCUCUCCCGGAGGGAUGUGCGGCACGGCGGGGAAAGCGCCUGGAGCUUUGUGUUGCGUACGCGAGUGUUUUCCCCCUGUCUUUGCACAGGUUCAGCUCUGCGGGAACUGCCCGGGGGGCUGCCGGCCAGAGCCGCCCGAGGAUGGGGCUCCCCCCGAGCACGGGGCAAGCGCAGCCACCGGUGGGACCGGGUCAGCCUGCGGGAAGGUUUCCUGAUUGCUCCCGUCCCCAGAGCAGCUGUGCCUCGUUCCCAGAGGUCCCGCCUGGGCAAGCCCGGCUCAGCACAGCACCAGGAGAGGCUGCACGGGAGGACGAGCCCGGCCAGGGGCAGGACACAGCCCAGCCCCGGGAGAGUUUGCAGCCUGGCUCGUGGUUUCCCCUGGUGCUGGGGAGUGGAGGCGAGUUGUGCUUCCUGCUGGGAGAGAGAAGGGCCUUGGGAAGCUGCUCCAUGAGCCACAGCUGUGCCGAAGCCUGGGAGUCUGUCCAG